AUGGGAAGUAACCAAAGCACUCCACAGGAUUUCCACAGUGAAACUACUCCCACUACUCCAAUUAGAUUCUCUACUUCACUUGUCAAUGAUUUGAGUGAUGAUCAGAAGACAGAGUCGCAGACACAGUCGCAGACACCCAGCCAAAUUACCCUUGACGAACAAAUACGUAAUCGAAUCAACUCUGAACUCUCUAGGCUGCGCUCGGAAGAACACUCUAUACGCCAGCAGAUUGAGAAUUCUCUCGCUCAAGACAACGCUGCGAAAUCUAAACAACCUGACAACUCUAUCCUCAGCUCUGAAAACGUUAAGAGGAACAUUGAUGACAUUAAAACUAAAAUAGACAAACAUCAUCAGAAGAGAGAUAUCAAUAACUUCCCAGAAGUUAAAAAUUCUCACUCAAGUCUCAUCUCUUGCUUUAAAGAUAACUCUCAAACACCUCUCAACUGCCACAUACAAGUAGAUCAAUUCAAACAAGCCGUUUCUCAAGCUGAGAAAAUAUUCAUCCACUCCCUCCAAACAGCCUGA